UCGGUGGUCUAUCUUGGGUUAGUUAUAAAACAUUUAGAAAAGCACAGAAAGAACGCAUCUUUGGCAUUAGUCAAAACAGCAACAAAAAAGACUUAGAAAUCCUCUGGACAUGAGCACUAUUUACAUCCAUCCACACACCAACUGAACCGUACCACUCGGAAGGAGAUUACAAUCACAUAGAUCCUCAUUUAAAAACAUGAUGGCUCCACUCCAUUACAUACUUCACACCCAGUAGAUGGCGGUGACGCGUAAUUAUUCCAGUUUGCCAGCUGUUUGGAGAGUGGAGUAAGAAUUCAAGUAGAAAACGGCAAGAGAAACAUGGCAGAGAAAGUGAGUGGUGAAACAUCGGAAGACAGGUCGGACUCCGCGGUGCCUCCUGGCGCUGCUGCGGUGUCGCAAGACCUUCGAAGUGUUCUGGUCACCAGCGUUCUGAACCUAGAGAAGCUGGAGAUAGAUCUGUACAGAGGGACUCACCACUGGGUGCCCCGUACCCGUCGUCUGUUUGGGGGUCAGAUCAUUGGCCAGGCCCUGGUGGCUGCAGCAGAGUCCGUCGGGGAAAACGUUUUGGCUCACUCUCUCCACUGCUACUUUGUACGGGCAGGAGACCCCAAGGUGCCAGUGCUGUACCAGGUGGAGAGGACCAGGGACGGUCGUAGUUUCAGCGUGCGGUCAGUGAAGGCCAUCCAACACGGUCAACCCAUCCUCAUCUGCCAGGCCUCCUUCCACAGUAACCAGCCCUCUCCUCUGCAGCACCAGUUCACCAUGCCCUCUGUCCCCCCUCCUGAAGACCUGCUGACGGUGGAGGAACUCAUACAGCUCUACCUCAGUAAGCCAGACUUGGCUGAGAAAGCCAAACAGGGUCUGAACAAGCUGCUAGCUGACGAGGUUCCCAUAGAGAUUAAACCUGUCAAUCCUCCAGACUUCUACCGCGGCGUUGCCAUGGAACCCAAGAAGCUGUACUGGGUGCGCGCUAGAGGCCACAUCGGUAAAGGUGAUAUGAAGCUCCACUGCUGUGUGGCAGCCUAUGUGUCAGACUAUUCGUUCCUGGACACUGCUCUCCUGCCCUACCCCGGGCAGCGUGCCACUUUCUCAGCCUCUCUGGAUCACGCCAUGUGGUUCCACAACACCUUCAGGGCAGACGAAUGGAUGCUCUACGAGACUGAGAGCUCUUGGGCUGGGGGCAGCAGAGGGCUGGUCCAGGGACGUCUGUGGAGGAGAGACGGGGUGCUGGCUGCCAGCUGUGCCCAGGAGGGGGUACUCAGGGUCAAGGCCGUGACUAACGAGAGCAAGCUAUAACCGUGACAACCUGUUAAAUGGCUGAUGAAGCCAUGUAGAGUCAGGAGACUGGCUGCGUUUACACAGGCAGCCCAAAUAUGAUCUCUUUUCCGCCAAUUGGUCUUUUGACCAAUCACAUCAGAUCUCUUCACAUAUAUUUGUCAGAGCUAAUAUAAUUGGUAAAAAGACCAAUUUGUGAAAAAAAGAUCAGAAUUGGGCUGGCUGUCUAAAGAGAGACACCCUGCCGACGAACGGCUGGUGGCCACGGUGUGUUAGUGAUCAUCCGCUGGGAGUUGAUGAACGGUUCAACCUCAUCCCCAGCCUACAUACCCUGCCUUCAUCCCCAGCCUACAUACCCUGACUUCAUCCCCAGCCUACAUCCCCAGCCUUCAUCCCCUGCCUACAACUUCCGCCUUCAUCCCCAGCCUUCAUCCCCAGCCUACAACUUCAGCCUACAUCCCCAGCCUUCAUCCCCAGCCUACAUCCCCAGCCUUCAUCCCCUGCCUACAACUUCCGCCUUCAUCCCCAGCCUUCAUCCCUAACCUACAACUUCAGCCUACAUCCCCAGCCUACAACUUCAGCCUUCAUCCCCAGCCUUAAUCCCCAGCCUUCAUCCCCAGCCUUCAUCCCCAGCCUUCAUCCAAGACAUCAGACCCCAGCCUACAUCCCCAGCCUACAUCCCCAGCCUUAAUCCCCAGCCUUAAUCCCCAGCCUAC